AUGGAAACCUCUGAUACACACCCAUUGCUCUCUCUUGUACACCUUUGCAUGCUUUGCUUGUUGUGCUUUAUGGUCACAAUCGAAGCCUCAAACGAUAAGGUCUCUGCCAUGUAUGUUUUUGGAGACUCCACAGUAGACUCAGGAAACAACAACUACAUAAACACGGCUUUCAAGAGCGAUUUUCCACCCUAUGGUAGAGAUUUUGCCAACCAAGUUCCUACGGGAAGGUUCACAAAUGGGAAGCUUGCCACUGAUUUUCUUGCUUCAUAUCUAGGCCUGAAAGAGUUGUUGCCACCAUAUUUGGAUCCAAAUCUCAGUGAUAAAGAGCUCAUAACAGGAGUCAGUUUCGCCUCAGCUGGUUCUGGUUUUGACCCACUUACACCAACUCUGGGUAAUGUGAUUCCAAUACCAAAGCAGUUGGAACAUUUCAAAGAAUGCAAAAAGAGGAUGGAAGGUAUGCUUGGUAAGCAAAGAACUGAAAAUCAUAUGAAUAAUGCUGUAUUUUUCAUCAGUGCGGGAACAAAUGACUUCGUUAUUAAUUACUUUACGUUGCCAAUACGAAGAAAGAGCUUCACCCUCUUAAACUACGGCCAGUUCUUGCUUCAACACGUAAAAGAUUUCAUACAGAAUUUAUGGACAGAAGGUGCUAGAAAAAUUGCUUUUGUUGGACUACCUCCAAUGGGAUGCUUGCCGAUCAUGAUCACCUUCAAUUCCGACAAUGCCUUUCUUGAUCGCAAUUGUGUGGACAAGUAUUCCGCUGUUGCAAGAGAUCACAAUGUGAUGCUUCAACAUGAAUUGUUCUUAAUGCAACUUAAUUUCUCUAAUCCUGCUGGUGCUAAGAUCUCUUACAUUGACAUAUAUGGACCGUUGGCCAACAUGAUUCAAGAGCAUGAAAAAUUUGGGUUGGAUGAGGUUGAUAGUGGCUGUUGUGGAAGUGGUUACAUCGAAACCACGUUUUUGUGUAAUGAGGUUUCGUAUGUUUGCUCUGAUCCAUCAAAGUAUGUAUUCUUUGAUUCAUUGCACCCUACGGAGAAGGUUUACCACAACCUAUUCAUGGCAGCCCGUCACAACAUUGAUGCACUUAUCAACGGCUAG